GCCCCCCCCCCCUCCCUUCUCACCCCGCGGACUCCGCGGCCGCGGAGCCGAGCGGAGCGGGAGGGUGAGAAAACAGAGAGAGAUGGAGAUUGAGCAGUGACUGAACCCUUGGGCAAAAAGAGGUGGCAAAACUGGGGAUAAAGACCUGGUGGUUCCCCAGCCUGCUGUCCCUCACCAGCUAGUCUUGAAAAAUGGCACCAGCACGAAGAGAUGCAGGAAUAUGGAGACAAACCCGAGCUCUCUUGUUCAAGAACUGUCUUGUGAAGUGUAGGACCAAAAAAAGCAGUGUUCAGGAGAUCCUCUUCCCCCUCUUUUUCUUGUUCUGGCUCAUCCUGAUGAGCAUGAUGCAUCCUCACAGGAAGUACGACGAGGUCUCCAACACCAACCUGGGCACCCUGGAUACCUCCAUGGUGGUCAAUUUUGUCAUCGGGUACACACCACCCACCCGCACAGCCCGAGAAAUCAUGAAGAAAGUGGCCUUUGAUUACUUUGAAGAAGGCAUCAUCACCGAGGAGUAUUUAAGUGAGGAGGAGCUGCAAGAGGCAAGUGCUUUUAAACCCUCCAACUUCGUGGGUGUUGUGUUCACUGAUGCCAUGUCCUACCAGCUGAGGUUCCCUGACUCCGUUGCUAUGUCUUCCAUUUAUAUGGAAUCAAGAGCCAGUUGCUCCAACCUGCGGAAAGGGUGCGAGUCAGUGACGUACUGGAGCUCAGGAUUUACAGCUCUGCAAGCCUGCAUUGAUGCUGCCAUUAUACAGCUGAAGACCAACCAGUCAGUGUGGGAGCAACUGGAACUGACCAGAGCAGUGGUUAUGGGAGAGGCAGCAGUGGUGGAAAUUGAUAAUUUUCCUCGUGCCAUCAUUUUAAUUUACCUCGUGAUUGCUUUCUCACCAUUUGGGUAUUAUUUGGCAAUUCAUAUCGUGGCAGAAAAGGAGAGGAAGUUGAAGGAAUUCUUAAAAAUCCUGGGACUUCAUGACACUGCCUUUUGGCUUUCUUGGGUGCUGCUCUACAUGAGCCUGAUUUUUGUCAUGUCCAUUCUGAUGGCAGUGAUUGCAACAGCCUCUUCCCUCUUUCCCCAGAGCAGUGCCUUUGUGAUAUUCCUCCUUUUUUUCCUCUAUGGAAUCUCUUCAGUUUUCUUUGCACUGAUGCUGACCCCUCUGUUUAAAAAGUCCAAGCAUGUGGGAAUAGUGGAGUUCUUGGCCACGCUGGCUUUUGGGUUUGUGGGCCUCAACAUUGUCCUGCUGGAAGAUUUCCCCAAAUCUUUUGUGUGGAUCCUCAGCCCCUUGUGUCAGUGCAGCUUCUUGAUUGGUGUUGCCCAGGUCAUGCAUCUAGAGGAUUAUGAAGAUGGUGCAACCUUUUCAAAUAUAAAUAAGGGUCCUUACCCUCUCUUUAUCUCUCUCAUUUUAUUGGUGCUGGAUAGCAUCUUUUACCUUCUUGUAGCUGUCUACCUUGACCAGGUCAUCCCAGGGGAGUUCGGGCUCCGCCGCACGCUGUUUUUCUUCAUGAAACCCUCAUUUUGGUCAAAGCACAGGAAGAAUUACAAGGAGUUGUACGAGAGCAGCAUCAAUGGCAGCUUGAGUUUCAGUGAGAUAGUUGAGCCCGUGCCUUCUGAAUUUCAGGGGAAAGAAGCCAUCAGAAUCAGCUGUGUUCAGAAAACAUUCAGGAAAAAGGGGGAAACUGUGGAGGCUCUCCGAAAUUUAUCCUUUGACAUCUAUGAAGGGCAGAUCACAGCUCUGCUGGGCCACAGUGGGACUGGGAAGACAACACUGAUGAACAUCCUCUGUGGGCUGUGUCCCCCCACGGAUGGGUUUGUCUCUGUUUAUGGGCACAGAGUCUCUGAAAUUGAUGAAAUGCUUGAAGUGAGACAGAUAGCAGGGGUGUGUCCCCAGGCUGAUAUACACUUUGAUAUUUUAACUGUGGAAGAGAAUCUCUCCAUCUUUGCUGCCAUUAAAGGAAUCCCUCAGAAUGAUUUGAUCCAGGAGGUGCAGAAAGUGUUGUUGGAUUUGGACAUGCAGCCUAUCAGAGACAACCAAGCUAAAAAAUUAAGUGGGGGGCAGAAGAGGAGGCUCUCGGUGGGAGUUGCUGUCCUGGGGAACCCCAAGGUUUUGCUGCUGGAUGAGCCAACAGCAGGCAUGGAUCCGUGCUCCCGGCACAUCGUCUGGAACCUCCUCAAAACCAGGAAAGCAAAUCGUGUGACUGUUUUCAGCACCCACUUCAUGGACGAGGCAGAUAUCCUGGCUGAUCGUAAAGCUGUGAUUUCCCAAGGGAUGUUAAAAUGCCUGGGAUCCUCUCUCUUUCUGAAGAGCAAGUGGGGGAUUGGCUACCGCUUGAGCAUGCACAUCGAUGCCUACUGCAACACAGAGGCCACGACCUCCCUGAUCCGUCAGCACAUUCCUGCUGCCAGCCUCAUCCAGGAGAACCACGAGCAGCUCGUCUACACCCUGCCCCUCAGGGACAUGGACAAGUUUGCAGGCUUGUUUUCUGACCUGGACACUCAUUCCCAUCUGGGUGUUAUCACCUAUGGCGUUUCCAUGACAACCCUGGAGGAUGUUUACCUGAAGCUGGAAGUUGAGGCAGAGAUUGAUCAAGCAGAUUACAGUGUGUUCAAUGCCCAGCAAGUGCAGGAUGAAAUGGACACCAAAUCCCUGGAUGACAUGGAGCAGAGCCUCCUGAUGCUCUCAGAAACAAAGGCAUCAGCAAUGAGCAGUGCAGCCCUCUGGAAAAAGCAGGUUGCCACCAUAGCAAAAGUUCAUUUCCUGAGCCUCAAGAGGGAAAAUAAGUGUGUGAGAGUUAUGUUGUUGCUUUUUCUGAUCUAUCUUGUAGUUCAGAUUUUGUUUUUCAUACACCACAUCAUCAAAACUUCUGUAGCUGCUAUCAAACUCUCCCCAGAUCUGUACUUGCUGAAGCCUGGGGAGGAUUAUCACAAGUACAGGAGUCGUCUCCUGCUGCAGAAUUCCACAGAAUCUGACAUCAGUGACAUUGUCCACUCUCUGGGGAACAUGAACAUACUCCUGGAGAUGUUCAAUGACAGUGACUAUGUCUCAGUUGCCCCUCACAGUGCAGCUUUGAACGUGUUUGACCUCGAAUCCAGACAGAACUAUGUUUUCACCAUCAUAUUCAACAGCACCAUGGUGCAUUCCCUGCCAGUGCUGAUGAAUAUUGUCAGCAAUUUGCUGCUGCACAACUUAAAUGUGACAGAGAGCAUUCAGAUCUGGAGCAACCCCUUCAUUCAGAAUCUCCCAGACACAAUUUUCAGACUAGAGAUCUAUUUUGAAGCUGUGUUACUGGGAAUCAUUAUUACUGGGAUGCCACCCUAUUUUGCCAUGGACAAUGCAGAAAACCAUAAGAUCAAAGCAUACACACAGCUGAAGAUUGCAGGGCUUUAUCCCUCUGCUUACUGGAUGGGUCAGGCUGCCAUUGACCUCCCCCUCUUUUAUUCCAUCCUUGUCCUGAUGAUUGGCAGCCUCUUUGCCUUCCACUAUGGUGUUUACUUCUAUGUGGUCAAGUUUGUUGCUGUGAUUUUUUGCCUGAUUGGUUACGUCCCUUCUGUUGUGCUCUUCACUUACGUGGUCUCCUUCACCUUUAAGAAAGUCCAGAAUACAAAAGAAUUUUGGUCAUUUAUAUUCUCAGUGACAGCCUUGCUCUGUACAGUUGUCACUGAAGUGGCCUUUUUUCUGGACUUCUACCUGGUAACAACCAUCCUGCAUUAUGUCUUCUCCAUCCUCAUUCCUAUUUAUCCCCUUAUUGGCUGUUUGAUUUGCUUUAUAAAGGUCUCCUGGAAAGGCAAGAGGAAGAGUGGGGGAUACUACGACCCGUGGGACCGGCUCCUGGUAGCAGUCAUAGCUCCCUAUUUGCAGUGUGUUUUGUGGCUCUACCUCCUGCGAUACUUUGAGCUGAAGAAUGGAGGGAGGACAGUUAGAGAAGAUCUGUUCUUCAGAAAAUGUUUUACAAAAGCCAGAACCUGGAAGUUCCCAGACCACCCACGUGAUGAGAACGAAGAUGAAGAUGUGAAGGCAGAGAGGCUGCGAGUCCAGGAAAUCCUGAGUGGCCCCAAAAGUGAGGAGGUGCCAGCCAUCCUGGUCAACAGCUUGCACAAGGAAUUUGAUGAAAGAAAGGAGUUUCUUCUGGGGAGAAAAAUCAAGAAAGUGGCAACCAAACACGUUUCUCUCUGUGUAAAAAAAGGAGAAAUACUGGGUUUGUUGGGGCCCAAUGGAGCUGGGAAAAGCACAUUAAUUAACAUGCUUGUUGGAGAGGUUGAGCCAACCAGUGGGCAGGUUCUGAUAGGAGAUGCUUCUUUUGGCCUGAGCAGUGAAGAUGACUCAGUGAAGUUUGUGGGAUACUGUCCUCAAACUAAUCCACUUUGGCCAGAUAUCACAUUGCAGGAACACUUUGAAAUUUAUGGAGCUAUCAAAGGGAUGAGUCAAUCUGAUAUUAAGGAAGUCAUAAAGCGCGUCGCGAGUGCCCUGGAUUUUAAAGACCACCUGCAGAAGACAACCAAGAAACUGGGUGUGGGGCUGAAACGCAAGCUCUGCUUCGCCCUCAGCAUGCUGGGCAACCCCCGGGUCACCCUCCUGGAUGAGCCCUCCACUGGGAUGGAUCCAAAAGCCAAGCAGCACAUGUGGCGGGCAAUCCGAGCAGCAUUUAAAAAUAAGGAGAGAGCAGCUAUCCUGACCACCCACUAUAUGGAGGAGGCAGAUGCUGUCUGUGACCGUGUGGCCAUCCUGGUGUCAGGGCAGCUCAGGUGUAUAGGGACUGUGCAACACCUGAAGAGUAAGUUUGGCAGAGGAUACUUCUUGGAAAUGAAAUUAAAAGAAGCAGCAGACGUGCAGCAGGUGGAGUAUCUACAGAGCCAGAUUUUGCACAUCUUCCCAAAUGCAAAUCGUCAGGAAAGUUUUGCUUCUAUUUUGGCAUAUAAAAUCCCAAAAGAAGAUGUGCAGUCACUCUCACAUUCUUUUUCCAAGCUGGAAGAAGUAAAACAUGCCUAUAACAUUGAGGAGUACAGCUUUUCUCAGGCAACACUGGAACAGGUUUUUGUGGAGCUUGCUAAGGAGCAGGAGGAGGAGGACAGUGGCUUUGGCACCCUGAACAGCACCUUGUGGUGGGAGAGGACCCAGGAAGACAGAGUCAUUUUCUGAGCAUCUCUGGUCCCCAUCUGCUCAGCAGCUCGUGGUCUGUGCCAGCUGUGAUGCUCUGCACACACACACUGGGAUGUCUGCGUGGGAAACAUCAGCACUGGGAUGGACAAGGGAAAAAUGGUAUUGGGAAGCUCUGUGUUCCACCAUCCUGGCCUUAGGAAAAGGCUGCAGUGGCAGUGGGAGCAUCCCCACUGUGACUCUGGCUGCUCUGAAAUCCCUUCUCCCCUCACUCUUUCUGGGUUUGUGUUGAACAAGAAGAUGCUGCCAGCACUGUGGGUCAUCUCCUGGUGUUGGCUGCUUGGGCAGGAGCAUCUUCCUGCCUUCCUCCCUGCUAGGACAGAGAGGUUGGGCUGUCCUUACUGGGAAUCCUGAGCUAAACCACUUGCUUCUGGGAGCAUCCCACCCUGCAGCUUCACAGGUCUUGCUGUGCUCCUUGGUUGGCCAUCUCUGCCCACCAGGGUGCUGAGCAGAGCUGUGUCCUUGCAAGGUCCUGCUCCCCUUCUUCUCACCCAUUCCUGCUUCUGCUUAAGAGCUGCAUCCACUUAGAGGAGAGGGAGAAAAAAACUACUGCAAAGUCACUGCUCAGUGCAGAGAGGGUCCUGGAUGACAUUGCCAGCUUAGCUUGGUACCCACGCAGUGUGGAAAUGUUCAUUUACAGGUAGAACAUGGCACUUGGCAGCACUUUUCCUCUGAGUUGGAGGGUGGAGCUGAAGGGGUGGCCAUGACUGGAUGCUUGGAUUUUUUGUUGUUAUCCCCCCCAUUUGGUAAAAGUACAAAGACAUAACUGUGCAGUUAGGGGAUAUGCAGAGAUGUAUUUCUCAUCAUCAUUAAAGCAGUCUCAUUCUUCCUUGUGUGCAGCAAGCUGGUUUUGGGAGCAGUCCUGGUUAGAUGUUCUUGCUUUCCUUGACAGUGAGUUUGUAACUACAUGCAGCAGCUUUUCCUAAUCCAUCUUUGGUGUGAAGCAAUGCAGUCUGCUUUGUCCUGACCUGGCAAUUUUUCAUCUGCCUUCAUGAAGCUCCCCCCUUCACCAUAAUAACCCAAAUUUGCAACCUUAUCUGUAGGAGUGGUGCCUUUGGUUUGCAUGGAAGCACUAAGAGCAGAAUAUGUGAUUAUCCUAAAGGUAUGACAGAUGGAUGUUGAAAAUGUAUUAAUUUUUGCUUGGUUUUUUUUCUACACAAAGCUCUUGUCACUUUUUUUUAGUUUUAUAAAGUGGAAUUCUAACAGUUCAUUGUGUUCUGCAAUGAGCAAAUAGAGAGAUGCAUUUAUAGCAAAGCAUUGGCUUCAUAAGUCAUAUCAACUAGAUCUUCACAUCAAAGUCAGAAAAGACUUUUAUUUUUCCUGUGAAAACUCAACCUGUGGGUUGAGGUGGAGUUCUGUGUCCCAACUGUUUGUAAUUACCAGGCAGCAGUGUGUGUUACCUGUCUGAUAAUCCUGUUGAGACAAAACCUCUGUGCAUUGGUUUCUCACUCAAGAGAAUAGAGAUGCAACCUCUUUAUCUGCAACUUUUGCAUCUCUUUUGUACCCUUGUGUUGCAUAUGCAUAGAUUUGGGUUUUUAGUUCAAAUUUGAGCCCAGGAAUUGCUGGAACACCUGGAUGUCCCCUUUGCUUCCCUGGGGCAGCACAGACAGUUCUGAGUUGUGGUACUUGCACAUGGCCUGAGAAAUGCUGGAAGUGAAGCAAGGGUAAAGAACAGAAUUACAGCACCAGCCUCUAAACUGCAGCUCCAGCAGAAGUCCUGCCAGGGCUGAAACUUCCCAGUAAGAAAACAAACAAAAAAAAAAGCCCCUGAUUCAGCCCUUUUGUCUAUGCAGCUUUUUAUUUUGCCCCCAGCUCCAUCCCUGCUGCUGGCCACUAUCUCUGAGCAUUUCCCUUUUAUUUGGUGCAAAGAUGGGACUGAGAAUUUUGUUUUGUGAUGCUCUCCCAUGUCUGUACAGACGAGUUCAUGGUCUCUUCACCAAAUCCCACAUUUCUUACUCUCUUUGUAAAUGGUGUUUCAGCUGAAUGCCACCCACAUAAUGCACAGGACUCCCUUUCCAUGUGGACUCAAAUACAGUUGUGACCCAUGAGCCUUGAUAUCUCCUUUUAAUUUGAUUCUUUAAUGUGCAAUCAGAGUUAAAAGUCUGUAAAGUAGUUCUGUACUGUCUGGUUGACAUCAGCCUGUUUCAAAGAGUUUUCUUAUUUUCUCACAUUCCAAGUGGAUCAUAAGAAAACUUCCAUUAGCAGCUGGGUUUCCUUGCCUUGCUCCUGCUCUUGCUUGCCCAGGAGUGACCCAGUUGAUGGUGGCACUGUAUUUAUGCAGCUACAUGUACCCAGAUUUUGGCUUGUUAACUGAUCUGUGUAAUUGGGUGGGAUCUUCUUGGGGUGGUGACAUCAUGUGUCAACACUGUCCAAGAUGCCACCCCAGAGCAUCACUGUAAUCAUCCUGUGUUGUGUCAGAAAUCUUUCCAAGUGUCACACAAUGUCUAGAAUGACCAGAAUAGGG